CUAUUACAAUAUAUUUUCAUUUAGCCAACUACUUCCGGAAAGAAUUGUCCAUUUUUCCGUACACGCGCAAUGGAUGUAGAGCCAUUUUGUCCAGAGCAGCAACGUGGCAGCCGGCGUUCCCGGUGUUCUUAUUACAAUGAAUAUCCUUGUAUCAUUACUAGUCACAAUUAUCGGUAUAACAACUUGUUUUUCGACCGAAAUAUUACAAUCUACAAAUUCCUACUUAACUACAGCUGAUAGAAUUCAUCUAAAAAAAGUACUUGAACCAGGUUUAACAUCAAAUGAUAUUACAUUUAUGUAUUAUGCAAUUCAUGGAUAUACAUUUCUUGGUGAAGUUUUAUCAAACAAACAAGAUAUUUGUAACUUUAUGAUAAAAGUUAUAAAAGAUGAAAAUAACAUUACAAUUGAAAAAGCUUUUCACAUUGCAUCUAUAUGGCAAACAAUGGGAAAUUGUCAAGCAUAUUCAUUAUCUAAUAUUAUAAAGGUAUUUACAAAUACAAUAGAGAAAGAAACUUCAAGUAUGAUGGAAAUAUAUUAUGCAGUAAAUGGUCUGAAUAUUUUAUUGGAAAAAUUGUCACGUGAUAAAAUUGACAAUAUAAUAAAAACAGUACAAAAUAUGCUACGAAAGGAUGACAACUUAUGGAACUUGGGUUAUGCAUUUCACAUUGCUUCGGAUUUUGGAACAAGUGGUAUGUUUGCUUUUGAUCGCAUUGAAGAUGCCAUUAUUCAAGCUGAUGAAGUAGAUGGCCAAUAUUUACAAUUUGAAGGUGGUCUUUCAGUAACUAGUUUCUUGGUGAAUGGCAUUUUUAAACUUUCCAAUACAUUAAAAAAAAAGCCACCACUAACACUUCAGCAAAUAGUGAAAAUGGCUAAUUAUCUUUUAUCACGACGUUCUGUACAAACACCAAAAGGUGUUACAAAUUUACUUUCAGCAUUAACAACUUUAGCAAACAAUGAUUUUGAAAAACCAGUUUGUGUAACAUUAGCCAAUGAAGAAAUUAGCAUUUCUAUUCAACAACCCUUGGUUACAAUAAGAGUUUGUGAUAUAUUAGGUAAUCCAUUAACUAACACGUUUAAAGUAAUUGCAAAUUCUGCAACUAGAAUCGGAGAUAAUGUUGUUAUAUUCAAUAAACAAAGUUUGCAGUCUUCUACAACAGAUAAAACAUUAUUUACUAUGAAUUUUAUGGAAAUGAAACCAGAACGUGGAUUUUAUAAAAUAUCAGUCACAGCUGGAUCAGUAACCAAUACCGUUAUAGUGAAAGUUCUUUGCGACGUAAUUGUCGAUUAUAUGGAGAUUGGUACUGCCGAUGCUGAUCAAACUACUCAACCAAAACUUACACGAAUACUUUUCCCUGAAAAGUUGUCACAAAAGAUUGAAGCUGAUUCUCAACAAAAAUUAGUUAUGAGAUUUUUAUUAAGAGAUAAUGCUAAUAAAAAACCUAUGCGUACACAUCAAGCAUUUGUACGACUUUCUUCCAUAUCUAUUUCAAAAAAUGAUAAAAAAGGACAUGAAAUUCUUUUUGUUGCUGAAGCAGAUACAUCACAUCUUUAUAAAUUUGAUAUGCCUGUAGGAACUGCAGCAGCAAAUUUCAAUUAUCAAAGCAGAGAUUAUAAUGUAGAAUUAAUUAUUGGUGAUGCAAUAUUAAAUAAUCCUUUCCAAUGGACAGUGGCAACAGUUAGUUUGAAAUUUCCUGAACCAUCUUCGUCUGAACGAACAGAUAAAAAUGUAUUUUACAACUCUAAGUCUAAUGUUUAUUCGACAAAACCAGAAAUAAAGCAUAUGUUUCGCGAACCCGAGAAGAGACCUCCUGCCUUUGUUUCAAAUUUAUUUACCGGUUUAUGCUUAGCACCGGUUCUUUUGUUAUUUAUUUUAUGGGCUAAACUUGGAGUGAAUAUAUCAAAUUUUCCAUUUUCGCUUAGUGCGGUUAUAUUUCAUCUGGGACUGGGAAGUAUUUUCACACUUUUUGGAAUAUUUUGGUUAAAACUGAACAUGUUUGUUACUCUUCGUUAUCUCGUCGGCCUUGGUAUUGUCACAUUUCUCGCAGGCAAUAAAAUGUUAUCUCGAAUAGCGCAUAAACAUAAGUCACGUUAAUUCAUUAGAGCAUAAUAUUUUUAUAAUCACUUGUGAAAAUUAAUUUAUUCAGCAAAAAGAAUAAAUCUGAGAAAAGCAUAAAGACUGGCCUUGC